CAUUCAUAAAAUUUUAUCAUAAGAAUAGUAAUAUUUGCAUUAAUUUAUUAAACUUCAAGCGAUCAUGUAUAAAUAAAUCGUAUGAUAUGACAUAAAACGAAUUAGUUACCGAAUUUGUUACAGUAACGGAACGGUUGCCAUUAACUGUCAAAAUCUAACUGUCAUUUCAUAGUUUAAUACGACAGUACAAUCAGGGAGAAUAAACAUAAAUAAUAGAAACUUGUUGAAUGAAUUUUCGAGAUUGAGAAAGUACUUGUGUUAUCUUUAUUAUGGAGGAGCCGGUAGAUGUGAUCCGAGAAUGCUCACGAGCUGCGCUAACAGUUAGCAGAAGAACCCAAAGAGAUGAUGAAACCGAUAGCCAUCGUCACAUCGUCAGUGAAAAUGUAACACCAACAGUUGUCGCUGACAUAGCAAUAAAGCUGAAGAGCAAAACAUCAGUGAGUGCAGCAGACCUCAGAAUAUUGAAGAACAGUCUUCUGGAUGACACAAAGCAUAUUGAGGUGGUCUUGAAUACAAAUGGGGCUCUGCGAGGGCUGGUGAGAGAACUGACUGGUCAUGAUGCCCAACGCGCACUGCAUGCUGCCGGCUGCAUAUGCAACGUGUCACUAGGCGAUGCCCGCGCGUGCACCGCAGUAGCAAAAGCAGCUGGGACUUACCUCAUCGCCGCACUACCCAGCUUGCAUACUGAAAUGGCGGCAACCUGUGCACGAGCACUAGCUAACUGCGCCGGCGGGGGCGCGGGGGCCGCGGCUGUCCUCAUGUCUCAAGGGGCGGCAGCCGCGCUGCCGCCACUGGUGACGUCACACGACAGACACGCUAGCGACGCUGCGGCCACGGCGCUCGCUCAUCUCGCUACAGAUGAUAGUUUUAGCAAAGAGCAUGCGCUACCCAUCAUCCAGGCUCUCUCUCGUACUCGCCUCAUACAACCAUCGCUACAACUGCUCUUCAUAUUAUCAUGCCGCGAAGAUUUCAACGAACUUAUCACCGAAGAACUACUACAGAACGUUCUAGAACACGCCACUUCUAUGGAAACUAUAGAUAACUCAUUUGUUUACGCUAUUCGGACGUUAGCUAACAUAGACCUGAAUGAUCAUGUUUAUAAUGUUAUUGCGAGACAUUUUUCUAUGAACAUUGAAGUUUUGAAGAAAGCGUUAAUGAGUGAUGAGGUUGUGAAGUCUGUGCUUUGGUUGUUGGGUAAUUUGUUUAAUUUUAAGUGUGAUAGUGAACUAUUUAAUGCGUUAUUAAGUUGAUUUGUCCCUAAGCUUUUUUACAGUAUCAAAAUAAAUGUAAAAACAUUUUUUUUCCUGGAUUUAUUCAUCAUGCGUUUCUUUGAUUAGUUACCUAUGCAAUUUAAAGCUAUUUUAGAUAUGGCCAAUUUUAUUGUUUCAGUCAUUUGAUUUUCAGUUUUAUUAUAACACAAAUAAUAUUGAUAUCCAGCUUGUAUCAACGUUUAUACAGGUAGGUAUAAUAAAACACGAACAAUAAGUCGCAAUAAAUAUAAUAUCAUAUCAAUAAUUAUUAAUAUUUCAAUAAUUGUAAUAGUAUUUAGGUUAAUAUGGAUAAGGCUACAAUCAUAUUGUUUAUAAGUUGCAGUUCUCACAAAAGUAUCGGAGUUUUUACACUAAUGCCUUUACUUGGUUUCAUUUCUUAGUUAAAACUGAUUUACUUUACUAGAGUACAAUAGAUAGAGAUGUCAUUCAUCAGUGCUGUAAACACCAUUGUAUCAUAAUCUUGUAAAUUGUUAUACAAUACAGACUGAUAACGCCUACUACGAAAUUACUUUUUUCAAGAUCCAGCACUGAAAUGACACUAGAUCCUAUAAUAAAUCAGCUUUAAGAAAAGUGUUUCAUUUAGACGUGCGACCACAACUAUUAUUGUUUUAAUACAUGUAUGUACAUUUGCAAAAAACAAUAUAAACUUAUACAACACUAGCUAAUAUUAAUGGCAGUUACAUUAUUUUAUAUUUGUGGACCGUGUACAUAUUAUUAACAUUUCUCGCACACACAUAACAUUACUUACAAAUAUGUAUAACACAAGUAUGUAUUUCAACAGUUUUGUUAUAAGCAACUAACAUUUCAGUGGUUUUAAGGAAACAUCUCAUAGGAAGCACAAUCAGUUAGAAAGUAUUAAAAAGAUAAGUUGUGGAAGAAAGGCCUUUCCAUUUAGAAAUGGGGCGAGUUUGGAAAAUGAUGGGGCUACCUUGAUCGACUCGUAAAAAGUGUAAUUUAUACUAUAGGAUCACAUAAGUAGUUGAUGUUCUGAACUAAGGAAAUUGCGAUAUAAAAAUCAGAGUAACCCAUUUACUACAGUUUUCCACCAGUGUAAAAAAGGCUUGUCUUAAAAACUUAUCGAAAUGCAUCGGGAAUGGUUUUUGUAAAAAUAUUAAAUAAACAUAACAUCGAUAUUGAACGAUCUUAAUUCCAUAACAAAGUUAACAAUCAACGCCACACAUAUACGAUAAAAGGAAAUUGAUUGAAAGUAUGAAUUAUCUAUAGAUUGAUACAUUUGUGAGGACUGCGACUGAGGCACACAGACGACUGCUUUCACUGAAGGAGGCCAAAUAAUCGCAACAAAUUCGUCUGGACAACUUCCAAACGAAGUCACUAUUGUCCCAGAUUUGUAAGUUCACAUUUUUGACACAUUUGUUUUGAAGUAAGUAUGUUGCGAUGUGGCUAAGACAUAUCGUUUGCCAAGUCUAAUGAUUAAUUUCGAAUUGGUUGCAUCGAUUAGGCCCUAUGUACAAGGAGGUGCUUAAACAAAUAUACGAUUUCUAUCAACUUACUGAAAUGUCAUUUGAAUGGAAUUGAUAGACUGCCACAGCACACUAGUUUA